GCGGGCCAUGAAUAUGGCCUUCGCCGAAUUCGUUAACAAAACCCGACUAACUCUGCCCCUGAUCAAUUUCUGCGUGAUUGUGUAUAUGGAUGAUAUUUUGGUCUUUUCGAAAACGUAUGAGUACCACGUGGAGCACAUUGAGUGGGUUUUGCACGCACUGAAAGAUGCGGGGUUCAAAGUGGCUUUGGAGAAAAGCGCGUUCUUCCUGUCGGAGAUCUCCUUCUUGGGAUACAUCGUCACGGUCGAGGGACUAAAGCCGGGUCCGAGGAAGGUGGCAGCAGUCCAAGAAGUCCCCGCUCCGGUUACGCUCACCCAGGUUCGAGCCUUUCUAGGGCUGGCUUCGUAUUACCGACGCUUCAUCAAAGGGUUCGCCGGUGUGGCGAAGCCCCUGACGAACCUGUUGAAGAAAGAGGAGCAGCUGAUCUGGACGCCGGAAUGCGAAGCGGCUUUUCAGGUGUUGAAGGAGACUCUGACAUCUGCGCUUGUGUUGGCGCGUCCCGACCCGACAAGACCAUUUGCACUUCACACCGAUUGGCAGCCGCAUGCAAUAUCGGUCGUGCUGACUCAGCACGGGGCGGACGGCAGGGAGCACGUCAUCGAGUACGAAGACGCGUGGGAGUUGCACCGUGCGCUAUACAAGUCAGUGGCAUUGGGGAUGUUCCGAAUCUUCGUGGAUUACGAAGACCACUGCAUCGGGGAGCACUUCCUCGUUUAUUACAUCAUCACGCAGCCCAAGCCAGCGCAGAAGGAGGGGACGGUGGCGUUGUACCCCUUUGCCCAGUUCCAGACGACCGAUCCGGGAUUGUUGGAGCUCAUACAUCUUGAGCUCCUAUCCAUUGCGCAAGUGAUCGCGAGCGAGGAAGAGGAGAUCCAGCCACGAUUGCGGACGGCGGCUGCCCCGCGGAGAACGUACAACGCGGUCAUCAGAUCUGCGCCGCCAAAGGCCCCCAAGAAGACGCCGAAGAGGAAGAGACGCCACCCAUCGCCAGGAGCGGCGAGGAGCUGGUUUAGCCCGUGCACGCGCGGAAUCCCAACCCUGUGCCUGAGAGUGCGGCGACGCUGGUUAAGGAGACUGUCGUGCCAUCGUCGUCCCUCCCGCGCGUGCCCGAUCUCAAUCUUGAUGGAGCCGGGCCAUCAGCCGCAGCAGCCGGAGGAGGAAGCCGAAUGGGAUUACCGGAUCCCGUACCCAGACCCCCCGUCCUCGCGGGACCCUUCGGCUUCCGCCAGCCACCCCGGAGUACCCCGAUCAUUGACAUUAGCAGUUCCUCCGAGCCGGACAGUCCAUCCGAGAGAGGUGGAUUUCAUGGUGGAGCCCACCACCAUCAGGCUCGAGGCCAUUGCGGGGUCGUCGCGCCCUGAUCCGGCGUGGGAGCCAUAUCUGACACCCCCUUUUCAAGGGUGUAUCGCGGCGCGGUUGGCGGGGACGCUCAUCUACGAGACCGGGCAGCGUCCCAAUGUGAUGUAUCACUUCCUUGUCUUCGCGGCGCAGAAGCGGGAGCGGCGGCCCUACACCGAGACUCAUCUGGUGAUGACGGGUCCCGGACCACGAUUAGUGCGCAAACGGGUGGUGCAAGCGGUGGCGGAUCUGGCGCCCCGUGUCCUGUCUCAUGUACCGGGGGCCUACCUCUAUCCCUCGUUCGUCCAGCACCACUUCCGUGAGGAGGACGCGCCGACGACUCCCGCGACAAUGGCCGCCUUCCUUCCACCUAUUCCGCCCCCUCUUAAUCCCUACAUUGAUCACUUCCUUUGAUCACCCUCGUCUACUUCUCCCUUCUUCUCUCCUUCUCUUUCUCUUCAUCGUCUUCUUCUCCUAUGCCCAAAGUUCGCACGUC